AUGCACGAGCAAAAAACGAAAGAGUUGGCUUAUGAUGCCAAUGAGAUUCCCGUUGGAAUGGGAACCGUCCAGGAUACAGGCAGCAACCAUGGCCUGCAACGGCAGCUCAAGCCCCGGCAUCUACAAAUGAUUGCCAUUGGAGGUGUCAUCGGUACUGGCCUCUUCCUGGGCACAGCCAGUGACCUGAAGAAUGGCGGUCCUGCUGGUCUUCUCAUUGGAUACUGUAUCAUGGCCUCGUUGCUAUACACGGUGAUGGUUGCUCUCGGUGAAAUGGUGUCACAAUUCCCUAUUCCUGGAGGUCAGUUUGCUUUGGCUGGCCGGUUCAACUCACCUGAGCUUGGAUUCGCUAUGGGUAUUUUGUUCUGGUAUAAUUACAUUGUUGUAUUACCGGCCGAAAUUUCUGCAGCCGCCGUUCUAGUUACCUUUUGGACCCCGGCAGGCCAGGCAGACUCGACCUGUUCCACUGGGAUUUGUAACAACGCCAUGUGGGUCGGGUUGAUGCUCAUAGUUGUGUUCGCCGUCAAUUAUGCCGGAACCCGGGUCUUCGGUGAGAUGGAAUUCUGGUUUUGCUCCAUCAAAGUUGUGACUAUCAUUGGCCUCAUCAUCACCGGUGUUAUCAUCAGUGCCGGUGGCGGACCUAACCACGAAGCUAUUGGGUUCAAAUUCUGGCAUGAGACUGGGGGUUUCGUGCAGUACGAUGGCAUUGGUGGCGCGAAAGGACGAUUUCUCGGAUUCUUCAGCGUUCUGAUCAACGCUGCGUUUGCUUUUAUUGGGUCUGAGAUUACAGCAAUUGCAGCUGCCGAGACCUCAAACCCACAAAGGAACGUUCCGCGAGCCAUCAAGAGUGUUUGGAUUAGACUUGUGCUCUUCUAUAUUUGCAGUGCCUUCCUGAUUGGAAUCCUCGUUUCUCCAUCCGAUCCCUCUCUAAGUCUUGCUUCCACUGCAGCCAAGAGUCCCUUUGUCAUUGCUAUUCAAAACUCUGGGAUUUCGGUCCUUCCCUCCAUCAUAAACGCAGCCCUUCUCACCAGCGCGUGGUCUGCCGGCACUGCCGAUCUUUUUGUUUCGUCAAGGACCCUUUACGGACUGGCAGUCCGCGGACAUGCCCCAAGGAUCUUCCUCAAGACCCGGAAAGAUGGCUUCCCUUGGGUUUGCUUCCUCUUCUGCGGUGCUUUCUCCUUCCUUUCCUUCAUGGCCGCCGCCCACGGAGAAGCGGGCAAAGUGUUUGGCUAUUUCUCCAAUAUGACCGCUAUGUGCGGUAUGAUCUCCUGGACAGGAAUCUUGUGGACUAGCAUCCGUUGGAACAAGGGUCUUAAGGCACAGGGCAUCGAUCGGAAGACACUGCCCUAUAUGGCACCUCUUCAACCUUAUCUAUCCUACUAUGGAAUCUCAAUCUGUGUUAUGGUCAUAAUCUUCGGCGGGUUUGGUUCAUUCAUGCCUACGUUUGAUGCUUCCUCUUUUGUCACGACGUACUUUCCAAUUCCUUUUUUCGCCGUGCUCUUCUUCGGAUACAAGUUUUGGACCAAAUCAAAGAUGGUCAAUUAUGCCGACAUGGACUUUAUCACCGGCUCUUCGAUUGAGGUCACCGAGAAGGAGAGUGACCAGACUCUAUGGCAGAAAAUUUCCGAGAGAAUCUAA